GCGUCGGCACAGCAAAGGUGUAGUUUCUAGUCUUCGAAAAGGGGGGAUAAAAGAGCUUGCUUGAAACUGAAAUAAGUCAGAUACUGAUUACAGAUACAGAUACAGAUACUUUAUAAUAUUCCCCUAAAUCGUAUAUAGCUAAUGGUUAUAAUUAGUCCAAUAUUCAAAUGGGAGUUUAAUUUGAACCGUAAUAAAGUCGAAAAACAGAAAAAUGACUGAAUGACUGAAUUUUGUCAGAUCUACUAUUUAGUAUUUAAAACUCGACACAAUGGGCCAUGGAUCAGAAGUUUUUGCUUUGAUUUUGACAGUGCAUAUUGCCCUUGAAAUUGGUUCCAUUAAUGCUUCCAGGUUCAGGUUCACCAACUUUGUUUGUGAUUCUGUGGAUGAAUCUUGGAUUUCGGUGCACAAAUGCCGUUUGAAGGCGGUUCAAAGGGGCAAAACAACAUUGAGUUUCGAUGGAACUGUGCUAAAGACAGUCUCAACUCUUAAAGUUCAUGCCCAGAUUUUCAAGAGGGCCAAUGGCUUCAAGCCCUGGCUCUACAACAUCACGUUCGAUGGCUGCAGAUUCCUGAGAAAGCCCUACGAAGCGCCGGUAGUUCUGGUUUUUAACCUUUUUAAACCAUUUUCCAAUCUCAAUUUCACAUGCCCCUAUAAGGGACCAGUACGCGUCAUAGGUUUCCACAUCAUCGGAGAGCAGAUUCCCGUGCCGCUUCCCUCUGGGGAAUACCUAAUAUCAAUAAAGUGGUACCUCAAUAAGAUGCUCGCCAUUUCCACGAGCAUUUACUUCUCAUUUGAGGAAAAUUUGACUUAA